AUGAGGCGAGCCAUCUCAAUUAUGGAGACAAAUUGUUUGAUUCAAGAACCCCGAAAGAAACAGAAACCGAAUGAAGAAGAGGGCAUUGAUGGGAGCAGGAAAUGCUUAGGUGACUUACCUGAGGAGGUUCUUCGACACAUCCUCUCAUUUCUUCUAACAAAAGAUGCUGUUAGGACAAGUGUGCUUUCUAAAAGGUGGGAAUACUUAUGGGCUUCUAUUCCCGAUCUAGAUUUUGAACAAUCCUUUCUAGAUAAGAGAAAUAUUUUGAUGAAUUUUGUGGAAAGGGUGCUUUGUCUUCGUGACUCCUAUGCUAUAAAUCGAUUCACACUCGCUUGUGAUGUGCUACUUGAUGCAUCUCGUGUUAACACAUGGAUUUCUGCCGCAGUAAGGCAUAAUGUUCGAGAGUUGUAUAUUAAGCUUUACGACUUAAAGGGAGAAUUUCCAUUGCCUUGUUGCUUGUUUACUUGUAAGACACUGACAAGCUUACACCUUUGUAUGCCCAUUAUCUUGAAGCUUCCCACUACAAUUUGUUUGUCAAAUCUAAAGACCUUGACUAUCGAAAGUGUUACAUUUUCGGAUGAGUACUUAACUCAGCAGUUUUUCUCUAGGCUGCCGGCCCUUGAGAAAUUAUGUUUACAGGAUUGCAGCUGGGGGAGUCUCAAGGUUGUGCGGCUUUCUACUCCCAAGCUUCGUUCUCUGAGCAUAACGGAAUUUGAGAGGCCGAAUUCGAGUUAUGGGGAUGGUUGUCAGAUUAUGAUUUUUGCAUUCGGUCUAAAAGAAUUUGUGUACAAUGGUGAACUGCACGGCGACUAUUCGUUAUGCAAGUCAUUCUCACUAGAAGAGGCAGAGAUUGAUGCUAUCCCUGAUGAUACAUCAGCUCAAAUUGCUCAUCGCAUGUAUAAACUUCUUAUAGGGCUCUCCAACGUUAAAUUUUUAAGACUUUCCGGUGAGGUGGUUUGGGUAUGGCUACUUCUCUCUUUGUAAAUUCAAAUUUUACU